UUGGUAAUGAUCUGAAACUCGUUUGUCUCUUUCAAUGCAGGAACGGAAAACGUGAAGGCAGGGAAAAUAAAUAUAGAAGAAAGGUUGCAAUUUCUAGAGGCAAAGGUUGAACGGCUGGAGAUGGAAAAGUUAACUGAAAAAAGCCUAAAGUAAGGUCCGACGCACGAGAUCACUUGUACGGGGAAAAUUUCCGACGAGAUCGACAAGGAUCCAUGCGUGAUGCAAGAGAGAAAAGAGAAAAUGCCAGUCGGUAGAUCAUCUGAGCUGGAAAACAAUACAUCAGAUGAAGGGAACGAGAGACAUUUGAAUGGAGUAAAUCAGAUUGGCAGAUCGAAUCCAGAAAGACACCAUUGAGAGAGAUCAAGCGAGCCAAAGACGUGAUGGAGUGGAAGUACAACAAUGGUAUAACGGUAAGCAUUCAUACUCAAGCGAUAUUGUAGUAACAACAUUUUUUUCUUAGUUCAUUUUAUAAAAUAUGAAGCACGACAUUCGUUAGGAAAGUAUGCCAAGUGUGUUGACAUUUAUUAAUCGGUUUAGAAAAGUUACUACCGUUGGGGACUGGGAAUGUCAAUGUUUCAUAUUUCUUUGCUUUUCCAAAAUUUUAAUCUUUUUACAGCACUAGUGAGUGGUCUUAUCUUGUUCAAUUUAUUUCAGUGUUUGAUAGUCUUAUAUUGUAAUUCUAGUUUGUCUUUUUUCCUUCAUCCAAGGCUGUUGUCCGAUCACUAUUUCACUAAAAGUUUUGUUCCUAAGUUGUCAUUGACGUAAUGUUUGAAUUGAAUUAAAUUGAAUUAUUCUAAUCUGAAGGUUGUUUAUCUAGAAUUGCAUAUAUGUUCGCGAUGCCCUAAUUUGGAGAAGGAUGUCAACGAUUUAAAAACAGAAAGAGACACAUUAAAAAACAAAAUCGGCCAACUCGAGGGCAUACGCGCGGACGACGAAAACAGAAAAGAAAAGAAAAGAAAAGGAAGGACACGAAAAGGAAGGAAAAGAUAAUCAGAAAAAACAACACCAAAAUCGCUGACUUAGAGAAAACGAAUAAAAUACAACUAGAUCACAUAGAGAAGUUAAAAAGAACAAAUGAAAAGAUUAAGACGAAGAAAAGAGAUCUUGUGGAAGAAAAUGAAAAAAUGGUGGAACAGAUUGGAGUGCUAAAAGCCGAUAAGGAGGAACUAAAAUUGAAGUUACAAUUUCAAACAGAUCCAGGGGAGCUGGAUCAACUAAAGACUCAAAAUGGUGACCUGUCGAGUCAAAUAGAGGAGGUCAACAAAAAAGUGGAAAGCUUCGAGUCAGAAUGCAAGAGGCUACAAGAGGAGCUUAAAAAGAGCAGCAAAUACCGAAGUCGUAAGUACAUAUGAACUAAGAUAAAUGUGCUGUGAUAUCCGCUGCUAAUUUGUUUCAUUUUAAGGUUGUUUGGCCAUGUGUUAACCCUAACACAAUAAAAUAACAUUCAUUUACCAUUAAAAAUGACAUGUUUGAUGGUAAGUGAACAGGACAGUAGUUCGACUUUUAAUCAAUAAUAGACCCUAUUUCCUCACGAUUUAUACGUCGAUCAAUUCCAACCUUCAACAUUCCCCCCUCCCCCCGGGCAACCCCCCGGUGAUUUAAACUUUUGAAGAUUGGUUUGUUCGAAUUUCGGCCCUCCGGGGCCAAAGUUGUGUUCAGACGGUCCUUCCCAAAGGCGAAUUUGACUAUCACUUCUUUUUGUAAAAGGCAAAUCUAAAUCAGCGACCGUGACUUUCCACAUAUUGACCAACAUUUAAAGCAUGGACCUUGUAAACAUUUUCUUCUGAGCCAUUCGCUGGCGAAAGUGAACUCAUUACCUUAAAACACCUCCAUAUUUCAAGAUAAAACACUUGUAUUCCGCCAGAAAGACUUGAUAUCUUCAGGUUCAAAUUCCUUUCACCCGAGCAGGGGGAGGGGGGUGUUGAAGCAUCGAGUCGAUCAGUUUACUAUUAGGUAAUACUCCCUUACAAUUUUUCUGAGAGAAACGAAAAAAAAUUUGCAAGGCGUAAGUAGAAGAAUAGUGACCAAGAGGUGACCAAGAGAAACUACCUUCGAUUGCUUUCGUGAUAUGGCUUUGGGUUAACUGCAAUGGUUUGCAAUUUCUUGGUUAACUGUCACAACAGGUUGUGACAGAUCAGAGUGCGCGCUGACUCUUAGACAUUUUAUUAUCUCCAAAACUGAAUAAAUGAACAAAUGAUCAAUUGAAUCGAUAAAUAUAGAAACGAAAUGAUAGAUUGAUAACCUGAUAAACGUAAUAAUAGAUGGUUGUUAAAUGCCAGAUGAUGAGGAAAGAGGCUACGUCGUUAUUUUAUUUAUUUAUUUUUUACUCUCAGGCGUUUUCUUACCGACUGGAAAGGAAUUUGCCGGCAACUGCCCUGGUGUCAUAUGCUUCCUAAAGAGAGACGCUUCUGUAAAGCUGCGUGCUUCUAGAUCUUCUGAUGGCCCGGGAGAAGCAAGUGACAUAUUAAACCAUAAGAAAGGCGCCAUUAGUGGAACAGCGGAAAGAGAAAAUUCAUGGUGGUCCAUUGAUCUGGGCUUGAGCCAUCGACUCAUAAUCACACACUACUCUUUGAGACAAGGCAAAACGCAUGGGGAGUCAGCACUUACCGAUUGGCAACUAGAGGGAUCUUAUGAUGGAAAAAACUGGGAAGAACUUAAAACUAUUUGCAACGGGAAGGAUCCACAGUUCGUCGCUCCUCCUCCAUUUUAUACAGGUACCUGGUCUGUCGGAGGGGAAAUACCGGCUUUUCGCCUUUUUCGAAUUUUCCAGACGGGUAGAAAUUCCUCUGGUAGAUAUGGAAUACAUCUAUCUGGAAUUGAGCUGUACGGAGUACUUCUGAACAUAUAAGACCUAACAGCUACCAAGGCUUUAACUUUUAAAGUUUUCAUCAAGUAGUGGAGAUAAAAAUAGUACCUCUCAGGAGGCAAGGUCUGUGUAAGACUUCUUAUUAAAAGUGUCUUUGAGUCUUAGUUUUGCGCCAUUGAGAGUAUUGGAGGUUCUCAAUGGAGUGAUGGCUUUUACGACUAACGGUUAAUAUCUUCCCAUUGUUGUCACCAUAAAUUUGUAAGUAAGGCAUGUAAACAAUCAUCUUACACAUGAGCCUUAGCGAUAGAGUGUCAAUCUUCGUGUGCUCGAGUUUUUUUUACGAAGAACUCAUUCACCUAGGAAAUUAGUGGGUUAUUGAAUUUUCCAAACCUGGAGAGAAGGGAAGAAUUACCAAACUGUUAAUAAUCUGUUAAUAAUAAGGAACGUAGUUUUAUAAAGUGUUAUGUGGAUUGUCAGCCUAUUUUUCAAAAACCUCCCCAUUAGUAUUUCUGACAAGCUUUCAGUGGAUAUACUUUAAGUGGGGAAGUAAAAGAUCACUUGAUUAUACACGCAUUUUGACAGGUUCUUGCUUAUGAUCUUUUGGGGGACAGAAGUUUAGAGGUCGUCACCAUUAACAAUAAUUUAGUCUGUAGUGCAGGCGUUUCAUUAGGGUGAGUUAACGUUAUAAGCUCGCGAUCGUCUAUCCGACCGGCCAUGUUUUAUUUGGAGUUAGAGUGGACGGUAAAAGUAAUCUUCACUCCCCCACCCCACCCCUCUCCUUAUUUUUUGACCGUCAACCGUCCCCUUAGUAGAGAUUUUUUUCUCUCCUCUGCCUUCUGCUGUCAUUUCAAUCAAAGACGGCGGCCAUAAUUUUCGUUGAUGAAAUUCGCUUGCUCGCAAAAGUACGCCUGCUCUGCAGGCUAACAAUAAUUUACCUUUUUUAUCAUAUAAAACAAAUAGAUUCCAUGUUGCCGCGGGUCUGUUCAGUAAAUAUAUAGAUUAAGACAUAGAUCAAUUUCUGCACCGAACAUGUCAUCCCAAACUAUCAAUGAGAUCAUAUUGCAGUCACACACCAGGCCUGAAAUCCGAACACCUGAAGAAGCUAAUUGUUCAGAUAAUGUAAGCUGACCAUCGUAAACUUUUUACGAUGGGCGAUAUACAUUACCAACGCAGUUGGUUAAAACCAAAUUUUCCAAGUUUCUAGAUAGUUUGUACAUGGGAUCUUGGGGCAAUGCCUAGUUUCUAAGCCCCUUCGUCCGAGUAGUGUUUCCAAACUUUGGCAACUCAGAGAGUAAUAUUUCCUUACACAGAUUGUUUAAAUGAUGUAUAAUAAAACAAUUACUAAAUUCGGGUUUUGCGUUAUAUCUGCCUCAGCCUUCAGCUUAGGAAGAAAACUCAUACCUCGGCUUUGAUAGUUCAUGAUAUCAUGCUCAACCUCAUCCAAUAAUUGUUUAUUGUUCUCUGGAAGUUGAAUGAACGACAGUAAAAACUUAAACACACUUGUCAGUGUUUGAUGGGAAAAAUGGUUGAGUGUGUCUGUGUAAUUACACACCUGAGAGAGUAUGUUAUCAAGUAAUCCUGAUCAUCUUUCAUAAAAAACUGAAGCGAAUUGUCUGCAUUUUCAAACUGACCAGUGAAGUAGGCAAGUCUUCACCAAGAUAUGAACUUAUGAGCUAGUUACUUUGUUAAAAUUUCUCAUUUCGAGAACAAUGUUGCUGAAUCACAGAAAUGCAUUGAUUCAAGUGCAAAUUACCUCUUAAAUAUUUCAAAAUCUUCCAGAGUUUACAAUAGGUCCUUGAGUUCCCUCCACUCGACGGUGUGUGAUAAUAGAAAGAUAGUAGAUCUGGGGAACGAAGUUGCUGAAUUGGUAGAAAUGCAUUGAUUCAAAUGCAAAUUAUCUCUUCAAAUAUACCAAAAUCUGCCAUAAUUUACUAUAGGUACUUGAGUUCCCUCCACUCGACUCCUGGCCGGCUAUAACAGCAUUCUGCGGUAAGGGCAUCAUGUGAGUUUAAUUAUCUCAACUGAAAAUCAGUGCCAUAAGCGUUCUCUAUAAGUUACUUUUGUGGUGCGCAAUUCGUCAGGAUCAAUUUCAAAGGUAAGCCUUACCUUAAGAAUAGUCAGUAUAUGGUUUGAACCUUGUAGUAACUGUCGAUCGUGUAGUCUGAUCGUACUAGGGAGAGUAGUCUUCAAAAAGACUGUUGUCGAUAACGUUAAAGUCACUGACGUUUGGACAACCUCAGGCAGGGGAAAAAGUCAUAAGAGACAAGUUAUAGCGACCUAAGCUUAAGAGUAGUCUUAGACUCUCUAGAGUAACAUUUUUUCAAUUAUAAUCAGCAUGAAGAGAACCUUAUCAUCCUUUUAAAACAUCCGUGUCUCAAGACAGGGAAGUAGAGACUUCAUCCAAGAAAAUGUGUAUGUUCGAGAUCGGAGAGGACCCCAAACACCCAAGUAAAAGUGGGUUCUGGUUCCACGAUUUUAUUUUUCAAGACAGGGAAGUAGAGACUUCAUCCAAGAAAAUGUGUAUGUUCGAGAUCGGAGAGGACCCCAAACACCCAAGUAAAAGUCGGUUCUGGUUCCACGAUUUUAUUUUUCAAACUAGUAUUUAUGGAAAAACCCCCGCAAUGGCAUUCAAAGACAACUUAAAUAAUACGGCUGUAUGUUCUACCAUUAAUUCUCUUCCGGUCAUGCUUCGUGGUCCCAAUUAAAAAAUGUCAACAAACAAAAGAUUACUGCACCGCAACAAUAUCUACACGUAACAGAUACUGCGAGCAACGGGCAAAGCUCAGCAAAGAUAUGCUUUUCGUUGCCGAAUUUUCUUUGCUAUACCUUAUCAAAUAAUACUUUGAGAAAUGUAACUUGAAGCUAGGAGAAGACAAAUGCUGCGAUUGAAUUGAUUGAUCAUGUAGACGUAAUUGCUAUAAUACACGGAAAACUUUCCUAACGAAAAGAAACCAUAGCAACUCGUUCAAUAAACUUUGUUCCUAAUUAUCAUGGCAAGUUUGACUCCUCCGUUUCAUAAAGAGAGGCGAGAAUGUUUCAAAGAAUGAGAAGUUGUGAUGAAAUGAAAAAUCAAAACCAACAGGGCUCCAGAAUGUUGAAGAAAUUGAAGCAAUUUAUGGUUAUUCAAAGAUGAUACUUAGCAUCACACAGGACGCCCGACAUCAUCAAUCAUUCGUAACCAUUGAAGCGGGAAAACUUGAAUGGUUUGUGAAAUUAAUUGUCAAGUAUUUGUUCUGCAAGGGGGUAUGUAAGGGAUUGCAUUGUUUGGUGUAAUAAUAAUGAAUGCUACUCGAAAACGAAAGUAAUCUUUGAAGAGCAUCGGGAACACGGCCUGUCUUGGACAAAAACAUAAUCUUCCUAAUUGGAAUCGAUAUGUAUUGAAUAGAUUGAGAAUUUUCAACUGCUAAAAUAUAGGUUCAGUAUGAGCGAUGAAAAUACGUCUUGAUACAAUUCGUAUCACCUUUUUCUGGAGUAGGACAACGCGUUGCAAUGCAUUCCUUGAAAGAAAAAAGAAGGCCUGAUUGUGGGUUAACUUCAAUCCUGACAGGUAGUGUUUUUUUCUUUCCAGCAGCUAAUUUAGCUUAGUCAGAAGCUGGAAAUAACCAGAAACGGGAUUAAAACUGAUUCUCGUGGACGGAUGGAUGAUUCAGAAGCCAGAAAUGAAGGUUAUUAUGUUCAUAAAUUCAUAGAAUGGUAUCAGUUUUACUCAUAAUUAUCCCUUCCAAGUCGUUACUUAUUAUUAUGAAAUAUGGCAUUAGGAGUUAUAAUUAUUGCGGCUCUUUUUAAGUCACAAUUUUUUUUCAACUGAUGUUUACUUGUUUUGCAGCCACCUCUAGUGAUAUAGCAUUUGAAGAGGCUCCUGUCACUGAAAUCCAAAUACGGUCGAUAUGUGGUAAAGUGGGCGCAGACUGGAGAGAUCUGGGCACAGUCUUACGGCUUGAAUCAGCGUUGAUGAAUAUUAUUGAGGCUGAUCUCAGCGAACGCCGUGAAAGGGCACGGAAAGUGCUUCAAAAGUGGAAACAAAAAAACGGAAAUAGAGCAACACUUGAAAUCCUUAUAAAUGCUCUUAACGAGAUAGAUAGGAAAGACGUCGUCGAAAAACUGCUCGGUAUGUAAUCUCCUCUUGUGAAGGAAAUCUCUCAAUACUAGGUUUAUCUAGAUCUACUUACUUUCCUAACGAAAAAACUGAACACCUAUGUAGGAAAAGAUCUUCGAACGAAAUUCUUCGUGGCCUUGUCAAGGAGGCUUCAUUUUGGAUGAAGAUCGCGCCGCGAACAGUUUUAAUUGUGCCUUCCUUCUUGGAUGGCCGGAGGCACUAUGUAGUACUGUGUCGUUUAAGUCCGUAAACCUUCCCCAAGCCCUUCACGGUUUUCAAAAUGGCGGAGUUUCAUGAGACUCUCAUAAAGUCUCUUGUGACCCGUCCUGGUUCGGCUCCGACACUGGCCAUCAUUGAACGAAUCUGAUCAGGUUUCUUGGGAUUCAUUUUUGGUUUUGUCGGGUUUAGUUCGAUGUUUUCUCAGGGUCUUAUCUCUGCAUUUUGACAUUGUUAUCGAUUUGAAGGUAAAACAUAUGUCGUCAAACUUUCUCACGUGUGCGUUUUACUCUGAACACUUGAAAAUAUAUCCUUUGAAGAAGAAUGUAAAUUAUAAGGAGAAAAAAUUGAAAAGAAACCACAACAGAAGAACAACAAUAAGUUGACGCGGCCAGGGCUCAAAGCUUAAGCUCAAACUUUCGGACUCGAAAGGAGUAGGUAUAUCCAUCGUGCUAGGGAAGAAUGGCUUGCGAAUGUUAGCGAAGUUUUGUAUUUAAAUACAUUUGACGCACAUUAAAUAUAUAUACCUAUUCGAUUAAUUUACCUGCCCUCGGCCUGUCAGUUUACCAGUGUACAAACUCUAUUCUAACCAAAUCCUCCUUUUGUCAAAAUUUUGGCAUUGACAAGAGCUUUCAUUAACACCUUUACUUUUAUACCACGUUGAUCUUUUUACUGCAAUACUCUACAACUGUACAACGGUAGGCACAUGCGGUGCACUAAGAAAGUGGUAUCUAAUUAAACGUAGGCUUAAGUUAAAGAAAACCAAGGUUAAAACAAAUGGACUUUUUGCUUGCAGAAGGUAAAAGGCUGCGAGGUCCAUCGGCGUGUCUACGCACAGUCUUUCAGGUUGUAGCAUUGUCGUGGAAGCUUAAAGCCCCUAAACUUAAGUUAGAUCUCCUCAAAUAAUUGAAGUAACCAUUUGAGUAAUUGUUAGGGCAAUAUUAACAGCUUGAAGAGCCAGCAACCUUACUACCGUGUACAUCUGCAAAUCUUUUGCCUCUUUGCAUCUAGGAACGGGAAAUGUGAAGAAAAGGUUAAGCUGCGCUCGGGCACUAAGUGGGAAUUUACAGAGAAAACUGGAAAAUUAAUAUUUCGGGAAGGUUCUAUGUGUAAAUAUCCAAGGAUAGAGACAAAUUUCUCGCGGCUCGAAAUUUUUGCAAAGUUAAAGUACUACAGCAGGGGCUUAGAGCCUGAAUGUAGCGAAACCAUAGGACAAUAAAAUGCCAGUGCAAACAGGAAUCUUAUUUUAACCCAGUAUUAAGUUACCUUCCUGAAAACUUUUUACUUUAUUAUUUAAGAAAGAGCUUACUGUAACCUUGUUACCUUCGGUUAACAUUUGCAAAUUUCCUUCCACUAUCUAACUAGAUACAGAAAAGGUGGAGGCCGGAUUGAGCUCCGUUCGAAUUGCAAGUGGAAAUUUACGAAAGGACGUUAAACUUUUAAAGGAAGAAAUACAAAACGUGCAACGGAUUCAUGAGGAAACACGGAAAGAACUCAAAGAAUUAAAAGAAAUCGUGUACAAAAUACAAACAGCAACGGGAGAUGAAGAGCGACAGCACAUGGAAACUAGGGUGCAACGCAGAGAGACAACAAUUGAACUGCUUGACGAGCAGGAUCCAAUGCAAAGAUCGACUCGAUUGGAAGAAAUUUGCGGCAGGAUUGACCAGGAUCUGCGUGUUGUACAGGACAGCAUCAAAAUAGUCUCUGAAAACCAAAACGCGGUGGUUGGAAUGUCAUUCGAAGCCGACAGGAAUGCAUCAGAUUAACCAAAUGAGAGCCAACAGGGGGAAACCACAUCGGCAGAUCCAAUCCAGAGAGACACAAUACGGAGGGAUUGGCAGAACCAAAGAUACAAUGAACCUAUUAUACGACCUUUGCUUGACGGUAGGCUUAUUCUACACGAAUUAUUAUCAACAAAAUUUGUAAUGUUCUGUCCGAGAGACGUCGACGGAGUGAGAUAAACGAAAACGAGUUGAUUCGAAUUAAAAACUUUCGUUUUAAUUUCAAAACAUAUCUCUCAACAUUCCUAUGCGCAUGUUCAGUGUGCACGAAAUACCGAAAUGCAGCAUUCUCUGAACACCCAUCUUAAGAUUUCAACUGAAAUUGGACUAUAAAUGAAUCACUUUGUGAUACUGUAGUUCGCUGAUCCUUUUUUAAGUUCAUUUAAAAUUUUUUAGCACGAAGUUCAAUAGAUUAUAUGUCAAUUAUUUAUGCGAACGUUGAUUGGGUUUAAAACCUCGUCAUUUUCGUCUUCAUCUUUGGGUAUAAAAUAAGUUACCUUCGUUUUUUCUCUAAAGUGUUCGAUAGAGAUAACCGUGAACGUUAUUUUCUUACAGAUGUUGAUCGAAUACCGGCCUAAUUUUCCUUGUUUCGAAAACAUAACUGAAUUUAUCACCGUUAGAAGUGAUGAUUUCUAUGUCGUCAUAGUGACUGAGCCUACUGGCAUCGCGGUUUUACUCAAAGAAAGUUUUACAUUUUAAUUUUUCAAUUAAUACCGAGGUCAAACUCAACUUUUGUUAGGAGAAUGUUUUAUGUUAUGCAAUCUCUGCAACACGUUUGCUAAACGAUUUGCAGGAUUUCCAGGAUAUGAAAAGGAACUCAACGACGUGGAAGGAGAAAGAGAUUCACUGAAAACCAAAUCUGGUAAAUCAGACCAAAGGAACCAAAGACAACUGGAGAAGAAAAGAAAGUUAAAAACAAAUAAUAAACAAGUUAAAGAGGAAAGAAACGAUACCAUUGAACCAAACAAAACAAUGGUGGAGCAGAUUCAAAAGCUUGAAGCCGAGAAAAAGGAGCUCGAAAUGACGUUAAAUGGUCAAACCGAUCUGAAGACUGAAAAUAAAGAGCUGUCGACUCAAAUAGAAAGGCUGAAAAAAAAAGCAAACAACUCUGAGUUUGAGUGCAAGCGGCUACAAGAGGAGCUCAAGACGUACAUAAAUUACCAAAGUCGUAAGUACACGAAAGAACUUUUUAAAAGAUAGUAUUGACUUUCAAUCUUUGGCCAAUCUGUUUUAGUAUAAAGUGGUAGAGCCUUGCGCUAUCUCUAUCUACGUAUCUGUCAUAUUAGCUUAGUUUUUCUUUAACCCCUUCUUUUUCGUUAAGCACAUUUUUCGCUUAUGUUGAAUUAUAUACGUAUGGGGAGGGGAGGCAAGGUAUUUUUUUUCUUUUAACGCUAUCUAUCUCACUUUCGUUUCCACUUAGGCGUUUUCUUACCAGCUGGAAAGGAAUUUGCCGGCAUAUGCACUGGUGUCAUCUGCUUCCUAAAACAAAGAUUGAGAGAUGCACCCUGCGCUGAACUGAUUGCAUCCAGAUCUUCCGAUGGCCCUGGAGAUGGGGCUGACGUAUUAAACCAUAAGAUGGGCACCGUCAGUGGGACAGAAGAAAAGAAAAAUUCGUGGUGGUCUAUUGACCUGGGCUCAAACCAUCGGCUUGUGAUCACACACUACGCUUUAAGGCACGGCAAAAGAGAAAAAGAGUCACUGUUAACCCAGUGGCAGCUGAAGGGAUCCAAUGAUGGGAAGCAAUGGGAAAACAUUGAAACUAUUCACGACAAGAAAGAUCCACAGUUCAAAGACCCUACUCCAUUUUGUACAGGCAAAUGGUCUGUCAAAGGGGAAAUAGGGCCUUUUCGUUUUUUUCGAAUUUUCCAGACAGGUGUUAAUUCCUCUGGCAAAUAUGGAAUAUACCUAUCUGGAAUUGAGUUCUACGGAGUACUUCUGAACAUGUGUGAGCUAGGAGCUAUGGAGGCUUUAUCCUAUAAAGUUUUCAUCAAGCAGCCGAAAUAA